CCCAUCGUCAGCCCCGCGGGCAGAGCGCGCCCCUGCCCCGCUGAGCCGCCCGUGGGGCAGGUCGGGAUCGGGACAAGGCUCCGGGGCUGCUCUCCCGGGUACGUCCCCUCUCCCAGGGUCUCCCCCCGCCGGUGCACUUUGCAGCACGAGGAAGAUGCUGCCCCACCCCGCUCGCAGCUCCAGCGAGGAGCAGGGACGCUGGAGCCACCCCCACCCCGGGCAGUGCCGUGCCACGAGCCGCAGCUAAGCUUAAGAACAAAGGAGGGAAAGGAAUACCUUUCCCGAAUCAACUGCUUAUAUUAUUAAACUCAUUUGGAAUGGACAAUGGAAUGUUCCCUACUUUUAUCAUGAUCAAAAACUUCUUCCUUCUCUGCAUUUCCAUAAAUUUAGCCAGUCACUUUGGCUUCUCACUAAUGCCAACAGCUUCAGGGAAAGAUGACACCAACGAUAAUAUUACCAUAUUCACCAGGAUCUUGGAUGGCCUACUGGAUGGCUAUGAUAAUAGAUUGCGCCCAGGACUGGGAGAGAGAAUAACUCAGGUGAAAACAGACAUCUAUGUUACCAGUUUUGGUCCAGUGUCAGACACAGAAAUGGAAUACACGAUUGAUGUUUUUUUCCGACAAAGCUGGAAAGAUGAAAGACUUCGAUUCAAAGGACCGAUGCAACGCCUCCCUCUUAACAAUCUGCUUGCCAGCAAGAUCUGGACCCCAGACACUUUCUUCCAUAAUGGUAAAAAAUCUAUAGCUCACAACAUGACAACACCGAACAAACUUCUACGCCUUGAAGAUGAUGGCACUCUACUCUAUACCAUGAGAUUGACCAUUUCUGCUGAAUGCCCCAUGCAGCUCGAAGACUUCCCCAUGGAUGCACAUGCUUGCCCGCUAAAAUUUGGAAGCUAUGCUUACCCCAAUUCUGAAGUGGUCUAUGUCUGGACUAAUAGCACUUCUACAUCUGUGGUGGUUGCAGAAGAUGGUUCACGACUUAACCAGUAUCAUCUGAUGGGACAGACUGUAGGAACUGAAAACAUCAGUACCAGUACAGGUGAAUACACUAUUAUGACAGCACAUUUUCACCUGAAAAGAAAGAUUGGUUAUUUUGUCAUCCAGACGUACCUUCCAUGUGUUAUGACCGUGAUCUUAUCACAAGUGUCCUUUUGGCUAAACAGAGAGUCUGUUCCUGCUAGAACUGUCUUCGGAGUAACUACAGUCCUUACCAUGACCACCUUAAGUAUCAGUGCCCGCAACUCCUUGCCAAAAGUGGCCUAUGCGACUGCAAUGGACUGGUUUAUAGCUGUGUGUUACGCCUUUGUAUUUUCUGCGCUGAUUGAAUUUGCAACAGUCAACUAUUUUACAAAGAGAAGCUGGGCAUGGGAUGGCAAAAAAGCUUUGGAAGCUGCAAAAAUCAAGAGAAAAGAGCGUCAAUUACUAGGAAACAAAUCAAUUAAUGCUUACAGUGCUGGAAGGACAGCCCCCACACCAAACGUACCAAAGGACUCAGCCCCAUCAGUCAUCUCAAGCGCUGCAACUGUUGCAGUGAAAUCUGCAGAAGAAAAGCCUGCUGAAAGCAAAAAGACUUAUAACAGCAUCAGUAAGAUUGACAAAAUGUCCCGAAUAGUUUUUCCAGUAUUGUUUGGAACUUUUAAUUUAGUCUAUUGGGCCACAUAUUUGAAUAGGGAACCUGUUAUUAAAGAUGCUACUUCUCCAAAAUAAACUGAAGGACUCCAAAACCACACGUGAGCCAUAUUAAUAAAGCAAAUGCUACCACGGAGAAUAUGAAGGCCAGAAAACUUUCUAUACUUGAGCAAUAUUCUUCAGGAAGUUUUUGCAUGUUUAAUAAUAUGUACAAAUAAUAUUGCCUUGAUUGUUUCUACAUGUAACAGCAGAUGUUUCAGAGACAGUGACAUUAAUAAUUACAGCCACAGAUCUUUUUAGAAGAACACAAGAGAAGUCAUAGAACAUGGCUUCUAUGCUGCACAGUAUCUUACAUUGAUAGUUUAUAAAUAAAAUAAGUUAUAUUUUUAACUGUUCAAGUGUAUUACAUAUCUGAAGUUUUUAUAUGUCUAAUGUACGUCAGACAUACAUAGGUGUAACCUAUAUUUUACAGAAAUGUUCCAUUAUUGUCAUCUAAUAGGGUACCAUGAAUAAUGCAGGUUGUAAAUAUAAUAAUUCUCAUGUAGGGUCACAUUCCACCACCCUUACUCUCUCCAAGGAGCACCUUAUUCCACAAAUAAUCCCAUCAAUCCAGAUUCUCAGCCAGUGGACAUGGACAUAGUACCUAGUGCUGAAUGGAACUAUGCUAAUUUACACCACCUGAGAAUCUGGGUCACAGAUUUUUGUGGGACUGCGGAGGAGCAAGGUGCUACUCAAUGUAAAUAAAGGUUGUAGAAUCUUAUCCUUAGGGGGGAAGUCAGUUUUUUCACAUUCCAACUACAUUUUUCUCUGGUAAUUCUCAUUGUUUAUUGCAAAAAUUAGGCAUGCAGUGCACAAAAUUAUCUUUAAAAAUAGACUAAGAACAUACUGUGCAGAUAAAACAUUAAUGUCCUUAAUAUAUACUUUCAUUAGGGUAACAUAACCAGCGUUUGGCCAACAUCUUCCAUUGAAGAAGAAGAUGCCUCUGAAAUAAUGAUUAUUUCUUAUUCCCAAUAACAAGAAAACAAUCACCCAACACAAAAAGGGGUGUCAGAGAAAGAAAGCUACUCUUCAUGACAACCAGGUCUUUCAGAGACAAUACGGGCAUUUUGGUCUUUAUCUGAAACUUUUCUAUAACCUCCUUGCUGCUGCCCGGGUGUUUUGCUUCAACCAUGAAUAAGAAAGCGUAAUUUGAGUUUUCAACUUUUUUUUAGACGUUUGGCAUGACUGCUCCAUUGCUCCAGUAGCUUUUGUAAUUUAAUCUUAAUGUUUAAAUAAAAAAAAAUGCAUUCAAAA